UUUGAAAGUUUGCUGACGUCACAGCCUGGAUGCCUGUUACGCACACUCCUCGGUGUGUUGGACGGUAUGUGGAGAGUAGGCAUGUCGGAGGAGAUAGGCAAGGCGCUCCAAUCGGCGAUGGACCGGGUGAAUCAGGCGGUGGCACGGCGGUCAAAGGCGUUGCCAGCCUUGCCACCCCGCCUGGUGGCUGUCAGCAAGACGAAGCCCCCCGAGAUGGUGAUAGAAGCUUACAAACAAGGUCAACGUAACUUUGGAGAAAACUAUGUCAAUGAACUUGUGGAUAAAGCUUCAAAUACAGAGAUUUUACAAUCUUGUCCAGAAAUCGAGUGGCAUUUUAUUGGCCAUUUACAGAAGAACAAUGUCAACAAACUUUUAGGGGUUCCCCAUCUGUUCAUGGUGGAGACGGUGGACUCUGCCAAGCUGGCAGACAAGGUGAACAGCUCCUGGCAGCGUCUCAGAGCCGCCAGCUCACAGAGGUUAAGGAUUAUGCUGCAGAUCAACACCAGUGGAGAGCAGAGUAAACAUGGGCUACCCCCAGAGGAAACGGUGAACACGGUGAAACACAUAGUGUCCCAGUGCACUGCAUUGCACUUCUCCGGACUCAUGACUAUUGGCCGCUCUGGCUUUGAUCUCAGUCAAGCCCAAAACCCAGACUUUCAGAUGCUGCUGAGUCAAAGGAAGAAGGUGUGCGACAAUCUGAACCUGCCUAUGGAGGAUGUAGAGCUCAGUAUGGGAAUGUCAAAUGAUUUCGAACAUGCGAUUGAGGUGGGCGCAACUAACGUGCGGGUGGGAAGCUUAAUCUUCGGCAACAGGGAUUACCCAAACAGCGCGGCCAACACCCCCAGCCCGAGUCCAGAGAAGAGGUCAAAGGUCCUGACUGAGGAGGCGGCCAAGAAGAUGGAGCACCUCACCGUGUCUGAACACUGAAAGAACCAACCAUUAGGUCUUCCUCCUACCUCCCUUUAAAGAGAUAACCCUCUUCACAUGCACGUACACUGAACUGAGAAGAGGAGCAAGAUAUUUUAAUCUGCAAAGCCAAGUUUGGAACACAUUAAGUCAUCUCAAAGUGUAUUUGUGCCAUCAUUUUGAUUUAUUUGUGUGUACUUUUGUUCUAUUGACCACCUAGAAUGAUGCAUAAGAAAUCUUGCUGAUUUUUUUAAUCAUUUUUGAAAUCGGUAAUCUCUUAUACGAGGCACUAAAAUAAAUAAAAAAACAGGUGUUCUUACUUACUGGUAGACACCAUGACAGCAGAAAUACUGGCUACAAGGCAGGUGACUUAACUUCUGAUUUGCCAUAUGACUGAAAACAUUGAGUUUAACAAAUGAUGUAUCGUGUAAAAAGUUUAAUAUGUGCUUUAAGGAUGAAAUGUUUUCUACUAAUUUCUUCAACCCUCCGAUGUGACAGUGCUGAAUUGUGCUUGACUGUGUACAUUAACCCCCUCCCCUUGAGGUCUGGAGCGCCACUCUGUAAGAUGUACUUUUUUGUGCUACAGAAGAAAGAAACUUGGUUAAAUAAAAUAAUUAUCCCUUUAUAAGGACA